UCGAUUGUGGCAACGGUUGCGCAGCGGGAGAUAGAGAGAGGAGAGGAAAGCUGAAGACAAAAUAGUUAAUGCCGGUUGACAGCCGCAGUGAUCCGUGGCUGUUAAAAAAUUCGGUUAAAGUUCAAGAAUUCAAAAUCUGGAUUCGAAAUCGCAUCGAUCCGCGACCGUGAAACGAUACCGGAUUUAAUAUUCAAGGGAAGCGUUCUUGUACCACCGAAAUUUCAAACAAACACGAAGACGAUUUUGUUUUCUCAUACAACAAUCGGCGAAUAACAGAUAUAGAAUCCAAAACUAGAGCUUGAUGUUGUAACAGGAUGGAUCGCGAACUGAUUGAAAAAUUCAUCGAAGUCACAGGAUCCAGCGAGGCUGUCGCCAGACAGUACCUCGUGGUGGCUGACGGCAAUGUAGAGACCGCUAUUAGCCUGAUGUUUGAAGGUGGCGGAGCAGAGGCAGUAGCAGACGUAGACGGUCAAACUGAACCCCCAGAACCAGAGAUCAGGCCUCCAAUUCUACCUACUCGAGAAGUGUUGGUACCAACACAGCCCGUCUGUGCGUUCCCCAGAGCAUCGAACAGUGUGUUUGAUAGAUUUAGGGACUUUGCGGUAGAAACACAACGCCAGGAGGAGGAAAUGGCGCGGAGGGUAACAGGGGUGAAAAAAAUGUCACCAAGGAAGUCCAAGCGCCUGGAAGACCUCUUCAGACCCCCUUACGACAUCAUGUUUUUGGGAUCAUUCAUCGAGGCUAGGGAACAUGCGAAGCUCAUAAACCGAUGGCUUCUUGUUAAUGUACAAAAUCCACUUGAAUUCUCAUGCCAAAUACUUAACAGAGACCUGUGGCCCAAUGAGCAGAUCAGGGAUAUGGUCAGGGACCAUUUCGUUCUGUGGCAGGUCAUAUCUAACACAUCUGACGGUCAACGCUUCAUCGACUUCUACAAUGUCACUGAUUACCCUUAUCUAGCUGUUCUGGACCCAAGAACAGGCGAGUGUGUCCGGACAUACGACCGGUUUACGGUAGAACAUCUAGUUUCAGGACUAGGUGACAUGUUGAGCAAUCAUCUAUCCCCGGAAACUGCACCUCAGGUUCCUUCUACCGCUACAGACGACUGGCUAUCAUGCCCUGCAGGUUCCAUGGUCCGGCGGUGCGAUGUGCCUUCCGAAUCUUCGGCAAGUGGUAUGACCCCAGAAAGCAAAAAAGCCAGAGGAAUUCGAGACACGGCCGUGGAAUCAGCUAACAAUGAACGUGUCGAUGCUGGGCCCAGCGCGAGUAACGUAAUCCUUCCUCGUAGUGGCGUUAGUAUCUUAGGAAAGCGGUCGCGAACGGAGGAAUUAUCAAAGACGAAAAAGCACGAAAUUCUACAUUCUUUAUUACAGAAAAAGAACGGUGAACCGAGUAAUUCUGAGCCCAACUCAACCGUUGUACAUUCAAAUGAUGAGCCGUCCUUGCGUUUAUGUCUGCGACUGCCAAAUGGGGGCAAAGAAACUAUCUCUAUGGGAGCUAGCGACACGAUAAAAAGCUUCCUGGGCAGAAUGGAAACUAUGGGUUAUCCGCCCUCGGAGCACACGUACCUAGUUCCAUUUCCUAGGACAAAUAUUGGGGCUCUUUCUCAACAAACUCGACUGUCAGAAACUAUUCUGUUUCCUUCAAAUACCGUUUUUAUAACAAAAAUAUAAUUUGAUCCCGUAAUGUGGUAAUUCAAGAUUUGAGGGGAAAAAAAUCGCAUGUGAUACUCCCUUGCCAGCGGUUGUUUGUAUUUAUUGAAAAAAAAAAAGGAAAAAAAUUCGUCUCGUAUCUGUAAUACUUGCGCUUUUAAAUUUUUCGUUACUCUUUAUUCAGUUUAUACAUAUAACUGAAAAGUUCUAGACACUUUUAACCGUUCUUGAUUAACUUUUAGCAAUGUUCAAUAUACCAAAAGAAGAAUCGCCUCGUGUAAAUAAUUUCAUGAUCAAGGCUGAACAAAGUUAACUGAUUCUCAAUAAUUGCAGAUCUACUAAUUGUUUUAAUCAUGUCUGAAACCAAUCCAAAUAAAAACAACCAAUCGAAUUUUAUUCCAUUGGAUCUACAUUUAA